AUGAGAAUUGUAAUUGUUUUAACUACCUUAUUUUUCAUUCAAAUUUAUUUCCAGGAGAAAGAUUUAAAUUUUUUUAAGGAGAGCUUUAUUCAGUUGAAGUUACUUUCUAACACUAAAAAUAAUGAUUCUGAAACAAAAAGUGUAAAUACUUCUGAAGAACUUUUGGGAGCAGUUGGAGGAUAUUGCCAAGAUUGCGAGAGAGAAGGUAAUAAUGGGGUGUGUACUCAUUCUUGUGAUGGCAAGCAAAAUUGUAUGGGAUCUACUUCAAAUUUAAGCAAUAUUCCAGAAGAAGACCUAUCUGGCUCAGAUCCAAGCAAUCAAGAUAAUAUUUCUUUGAAAUCUCAAUAUGAAGAUUUUAAAACAAAAGAAUCUUUUCCAAAUUUACAGUUGGAUGAUUAUAUUCAGAAAACGGCAAUGAUUGAUAUUGAUGGUUUUGGAACUGAACUAGAAACGGUUGUGAGAGAUUUAGUGCUAGUAAAUAAUGCUAUUAAAAACAAUUUUGUCUAUGAAGAAAAUGUAAUAUUACUUUUUGAUCUAUGUAAUAAGCUUAAAGAAGCUAUAGAACUUCUUUCUUACAAUACUAAAAUAAUAUCUACAAAUUACAGAAGGAAUAAAAAAAUGUUAUCCGAUAUGAUUUUAAAAGAUCCGAAAUUUGGAAAGUGUGUUAGGGCUUUUAAUAUUCGGAGUGAAAAUAAGAGUCUUAUUAUACAAGCUAGCAAAAUUAAAAUCAGACUUAAAAAUCUCAAGCUUAUAUUUUCUAAGUACUGUAUGCCUGAAAGAGAAAGAAUUUUAUUUUUAAUGAAACAGACUAUUGUUGGAAAAUUUAAGAGCACUCAACAAUAUAGAAAUAAUAUUAGGAAUAUCUACAACACCUCAUAUUUGGAAUACCUAAAAGGAAAUUGUUAUUCUCCACUCAAACAUAUCGAAGGCAAAUGCACAAAAAAGAAACCAUGUAAUCAAUGUAAUCAAUUGAAGCCUAUAUUUGAAUCGGGAGAAUUCGAAAGGGAACUCAAAAAAGUUAACAAAAUUGAAAGAGAAUUUCAUAAGAUUUCCAGGGGAAUGAGUACAGAUUAUCGAUCACAAUUGAAUGAGUAUCUUGAUUUUGAAAAGAAACUUAAGGAAUUUGAAUCUAGUGAGGUUUCGGAUAUAAAUACAGAAGUUGAAUCGGGUAGUAAGAAUUCAGAAAUUGGAAAAUUAAAAUCGCCAGAGAAGCGCAAAAAAAAUAAAAGGCCAUUAAUUUCGAUUACUAAUCUUAAUCGUAUGAUUCAUGAGAAUAUCACUUCUAAUAUUCGCAAAAAAUCAAUUACUCAAAAAUAUAACUUUAAACCUAAAAAUGAAAAAAAAUGGAAUGUUGGAAAUAUUUUUGAUAAAGUUAGAACUGAAAAGAAAGAAAACAAAAGUAGAGAAAAUAAGAAAGGCUUAAUAAGCUCUCCAAUAACUACAUUAGUCCCACAAGUUAAUUCUCCGGAAAUUAAUACAAAUCAAGAUACCAGUAACAAUAUUGAAAAUCCUACUGGCAAUCAUGCUUCCGAACCUGAAAAAGAAAAUGAUAGCGGCCCUCUCUACCAAAAUAUCUCACCCAACGCUGAUUCAACCACCAAAGUUAUUUAUGAAUCAAUCCCUCAUGAAACUAACGAAAAGUCUCAAAAUACCCGGUUUAAGGCUCUAGAUCCGGUAACUGCUCAAUUAUAUACUAUAUUAAUGAAACGAAAAGAAAGAAAAAAUAAAACUGGUAGUUUGGAUAAUAUUGAAGUACACUCUACUCGAAGUAGUAUAAAUGGUGACUUUUCAGAUUCUGAAUUCGACACUAACUCCAGUUUUGAGUCAUUCAAUGGUGAUCAUUUCGAAGAACUAAACGGAUUAUCUAAUGAACCUCAUGCCUGGUUCGGCAGUGACUCUAAUUCAGACAAUGAAACUAAAGGCGCAGAUCAUCAACCUACUUCGAAAGAAUCUUUAAAUCUAAAUGAAGAAUUUGGAUCAAAUGAUAGUGAUCAAACACAUAAAGAAGAGUUUUACCGUGAAAAUAGUAUAUAUGAGCAUUCAAAAUCUAUUAUAAAAAAGGAAAGGUCAGAUUUUGAGAAAGAAACUGGCCAGGAAGUUACAAUUUUUGAAAUUGAAGAGGCUAAAAAUAGAGAAGAUUUAACUAAGAGAGCCCAAAUUAAAUUACCCUCAAAUCCUCAGGUAAAUCAAUCAAGAGUUACCAAAAGUCCCUUCAAAAAUGUUCGAUCUUUUUUCACUAAACAUCUGAACAAGAAAAAGAUUAAAAGUACUGAAAAGAACAUUUUCGGAACUAAAAAGUCGGGAGAUAAAACAAAUUUGGCUAUUCAAAGACUUUCCCCUUCUCCCUCUUCCCAAACAUCUUCGUUCUCUCCGCCACCACCACCUUCAUUCUCUCCGCCACCACCACCUUCGUUCUCUCCGCCACCACCACCUCCAUUUCAUCCACGCCUUACCAAUAGAUUUAUAGGUAGACCAAAUUCAAUAUAUGGACUUGAACAGAGUGUUGUGUCCCAGCAAUCUUCAGAUACUUCGAAUCAUCAAGAAGAUAUUUUACAAUCAACAAAGCCAGGUAAAAGAGGUCCUUUAACAAAAAAACAACUUCAAUCUUUAUUGAAUCAGCACUACUCUCAAAAUAUAAACAAACAGGGUGAACACACAAAAAAAACUCGGGAUAAUGAAGACCUAAAUGAAAAAGAUGCUAUAAAUCGAAGAACUCCUUCUUCACCAUCACCACCACCAAAACCUUCGUUCUCUCCGCCGCCACCACCUUCAUUUCCUUCACCCACUACCAGUAGAGUUAUAAGUAGACCAAGUUCAAUAUAUUUGUUUGAACAUAGUGCUGUGUCCCGGCAACCUUCAGACACUUCGAGCCAUCAAGAAGAUAUUUUACACUCAACAAAGCCAGGUAAAAGAGGUCCUUUAACAAAAAAACAACUUCAAUCUUUAUUGAAUGAAUACCAAUCUCAAAAUAUGAAUAAAAGGAGUUCUGUUGGCAAUCAUUCUGCUCGGUCAAAAACACGAAGUCAUAGAAAAAGUGGUCUUAAAAGGAAAAUAUCCAGUAAAAAAAAUUAUUCAGAAACAAAAAUGACAUCUUUUAAUAAACCUCUAUACAGUAAGAUUGUGAAAUCAAAAUUGCGAAGUAAUGGUAGAAAUUCUAAAAAUUUUCCAUUAACUAGAGAUUCAAUAUUAAACUCUGAUUCAAUUGAAUCUAAAGAAAUCCAUAAAACUGAUCAAAUGGAAGAUCGAAUAUAUUGCAGUAUACGAUCUUUUACUUCUUCCACUAAAAGACCUAGUAAGCAAAGAAAUUCAAGUAGAAGAUGUAGCCCAAAAGAUGAUACAAGCAAACCAUUAAAUAAUAAAACAGCCAUGAAAACUAGAACUUCAACUAGGAAACACCUAGAUCAAUCUAAAACAAGAUCCAGAAGCCCUAGUCUUGAUCACAAUGGUUUUAAAGAAGGAAAUGAUAUUGAAAACGUUAUGAAAUUAGUGGGUAAAACCAGAAGAUCUAGUAAAAAAAAUAUAUCAAAAAAAAGAAAAUUGCUUCGAAAAACUUUCUUUACUAAAUUUAAACUUAAUACUAAAAUAAAGAGCGUUCGGAGGCAAAAAACAAAUGUUUUUAAAGUUAAUAAAAGUAAAAAAAGAAAGAGAAGUAGGUCAGGGGAGAAUAAUAAAGCUAGAUCUAGAAGUAACUCAAAUACCAGUAAGAACAAUGAAGAGAAUGAGAAUGAAAAUGAAGAAACAUUAUUCAAACCCAUACUAAGUGAUUCAGAAGACAGAUUGAUUUAA